GUUGCAAACACUGGCUUGUCGCACUGUGUAGCACAAAAUUAUCUUCCAAGCUGCAAAUCGACUGGUUUUCUUAUCCCGCCAUUUCUAAUAGUUGGGUGACCACAUCACCGUGUUUCAAUUUGGCGUGGUACGUACCUGUAACCAAGAAAAUUGUGACAUUUUAGCAUUUUUGGUAAUUACCGGAAAAGUUUUUGCCGAGGGAAGUGAAAUUUUGAUAAAAGUGACGUUUGUAAAGCGUCUUUUCUACUUUUUAUACUUUUUGAUAUCAAUGUGUCAUAAUUGAAGGAAAAGCGAUUUGAUGGAUUUCUUCAGUGAACAUGGAAAUAGAUACGCUCAGUAACUAUGAGCAAAGGGCUGAAAACAUGGUAGAAAACACAAUGGAUGCGGAUUUAACAGAAAAUGAUCAAGCAAACUCUCCAGUGGAGGUUUCUGAAGAUGUAAAAAAUAGUCCUGAAAAUAAAGAAAGUAAUAAGGAAACUAAAGAAACAGACACAUCUGUUGUAGAAAGUGAAAGUGAUGAGGACUGUGAAGAAGUUCAAGAAAAGCUUUUGUUAAGCCCCGCACACAGUGAUGGUGGUGAACCUUUGAGUCCCGUAAAUAGAGACUUACUAGAUAGUGAUUGUGAAGGAGAGAGAGAUUGUGAUAGACUGGAAGAAGAUGUUAAUAAUGAUGAAACAGAAAAGGCCCCUGUUACUGAAAUUGUCGAUAAUAACGAUGAAAAUGAUACAGAAAGUAAUAAUACUACAGAUAAGGAUGAUGAUAAUAAGAAAGAUAAAACAGAGACAGACAUAGAUAAAGAAAAUGAAGAUAAUUGUGAUAGUCUUAAAAAAGAUGAUGAAAACAGCAAAGAUGAUGAAAACAGCAAAGUUGAUGAAAACAGCAAAGAUGAUGAAAACAACAAAGAUGAUGAUGAUACAAGCAAAGAUGUCGAAGAGGAUGAAAAAUCUGUUGAUAGAUCUGAGAAGGAGAACACAAAUGAUAUUAUAGAUAAAACCGAGGAUACUGUUACAAAACAAGUAGAUGAUGAUGAAGAUGAAAAUUCAACCAAAAAAGCAGAAGAAAAAGAUAAAGAAGAAACUAUAGAAUGUGAGAAGAUGGACAAAACUGAAGAAGAAAGCAAGGAAGCUGAUGUUACGGAAAUCGAAAAAACUGUUUCUGCUGAAGAUGUUGAGAAAAAAGAAAGUGGAAAAGCCGACAGCAGUGAAGAAAACAAAGAAGAUGUUGAGAAAAAUGAAAGUGAAAAGACUAACAGCAACGAAGAAAACAAAAUCAGCCAGGAGGAUAAAGAAACCAAUGAAGAUAAAAAUGUAGAAGGUAGUGAUAAGGAAGCCACUUCUAAAGCAGAAUCAAGUUCUACAGAUUGUCCAAUAGUAGAUGACAAAAAUGAACAAACGGUGUCUGAAAAGGAGGAGGAGGAUGCCAAUUUAAAAUCCCUUUUAAAAGAAAGUCUAACGAAACCGGUAGAAGAUUAUAGGCCAGAUGAUGACGAUAUUGAUAUGGACGAGGAUUUUGAUCCUUCACUUCUUAUGCCGGAACUCUCCAUGGAAAUAGAAGAAGCACCUGUUAUAACACACAGUGAUGCACCUGCCCCUAAACCUGACGGUAGCAAUAGUCCAUUACGUCUAUAUGAUCCGAUAUUUUCGACGUUUGUUGAUGAAAUCACCGGCGCUGAGAUUGAUUUCAAUUUGACCGCUGAAGAAUUAGAACUUAAAGCUAAAACUUUUGGAGAAAAAAAUCCAGUACAGUUAACUAAGAUCCAUUGUACUGCCUGUAACAUCCAUUUAGGCAGCGCUUUGGACGGUCAAGGUAACAGAUUCGUUCACCCGCUACUAAAAGUUCUGAUUUGCAAAAAGUGUUACCAUUUCUACACUAGUGGAGAAUUCGAAAAAGACGAAGAUGGCAGCGAAUUGUAUUGCAGAUGGUGUGGGCAAGGUGGGCAGGUUCUGUGCUGUGCAAAUUGCGAAAUGGUUUUCUGUAAGAAAUGUAUCCGAAUUAACUUCGAUAGGAAAAAGCUAGCCGAUAUUCAGAAAAGUGACGAUUGGACGUGUUUUAGAUGCAAUCCAUCACAACUAAUCAAUCUUAGGAUACAUUGUGCUGAAUUUAUGGAAUAUGUUCAAAGAGAAAUGAGAAACGCAACAAAUGAUGCAAAUCCUGAAAAUUUUAUGAAGAUCGAUCACUGUCAGUGUUGUAUACCUCAAAAGAAAAAAGCUCCAGAACCCUCUCCAUCAACGUCUUCAGCGAGAAAACGAAAGCGGAAUGCCGAGCCAGAGGAUCCCGACUACAAUCCACUUAAAGACAGAGAAUCUCCUGAACCCUCAGGUUCGGGCACGCCAAAUCAACAAAAGAUGCCCUCAUUGACGCCCAAACCUCAAACUGUAUUAAACGCAAGUGUGGCAACAAGGCCUCCCUCACUAAGGCCUAUGGUAACGCCAAUAAGACCUCGAAUGCCUGUUACACCUACAGGCCGACCUCAAGCAGGAUAUGUUCGUGUAGCUCCUGGUACGAUUCGAGCAAGGACCCCAGUGGUACCAGCAGGAAAUACGCUUCGGCCAAUUCGACCUAUAAAUGCUGUCAAACACGAAUGGUUCGAGAAAACCGUUCGAGCUGCUGCUCGUGUCAAUUCCAACCUCUCGUACACUCUAACCCAGCUGAACAGGGCGCAGGCGAAUGCGACAAGUGUAGAAGCGCUGGCUGUAGUGCAUAACAAGUUACAGGAGAUUCUGAGUAGUUCGAUCAACUCCCUGAUACAGAUUAGGAAGAAUUUGAGAACGGAGUUUAUUGCUGGUAUUAAAAAUAUUCGGUUUCCAUCUUCUACUUCGACUACUCCUACUACUUCGACGGCAUCUAAUGCUGCUUCGACUUCAAAAGACGACGACGAUGUCAUCUUUGUUGACGAUUCAACACCCAAAACUACCGCUACAACCGUAACAACACCCACGCUUCCUCCAGGCCUAUCUCUCAUAAAGAAGACUCAGGCUGGUGUCCUGAGAACCAAUAGUCCGAGUACAACUUCCGUAGCAGGUCCUAGCGGAGUUACCAAAACUAUUAGAGCUACUCCUUCCAAACCUUCUACUAGUGCUGGUAAUCAAGGUAAAGGAGGUUUCCUGAGGGUCAAAUCUUUCUCGGCGCUGCAAAGUGUUACUUCCGAGUGCAUCACUAUCCCCGACGAUCGUUCAGAAGAUGGAGAUGGAGAUGCAGAUGUGUUGCCAGUUGAAGAAACGGAUCCCCUCCAAAUGGUUGAAGUUGUGGAUGAGGAAGCAGCAGACAAAUCAAAGGAAGCAAAAGUUAAAGAUGAGGACGAUGACAAAAAAGGAGAUAAAAAGGACAAGAGUAGUAAAGAGGACAAGAGCAGUAAAGAGGACAAGAGCAGUAAAGAGGACAAGAGCAGUAAAGAGGACAAGAGCAGUAAAGAGGACAACAGUAGUAAAGAGGACAACAGCAGUAAAGAAGAAAAAAGUGAUGAAGAGGUUAAAAGUGAUGAAAAUGUAAAAAACAAAGAAAAAGAAAGUGAAGAGGAAAAAAGUGAUGAAGAGGUUAAAAGUGAUGAAAAUGUAAAAAACAAAGAAAAAGAAGUUAGUCGUACAAAUGGGAUGACAAAUGGCAAUAAAGAUGAAAAAUCGUCUUCGAAGGCAGAGAAACAUCCCGCCUCUCCACUUUCUGUAGACAGCGACGGAGAGCGGCCUAUCAAAAAGGCAAAAAUUGUUAUAGAGCGAUCUUCAGAAAUAGAUAAGAUGGUGAAGACAAUCGGUGUUGUGAACGGUACAUCUGACGAAUCUGAAAAAGAAGUGGAAAACUAAACAAAGUUGCAUGCGGAAGUGAGGUAAUUUGUGGCAGACAUAAUUGUAACAAGGACGAUCCAGUUUGUUUUUGUAUGUUUUGUACCUCGCAAGCAAUCGUAAGAGUUUAGUUUAGCUGUAGAGGUUACAAUAAUAGAAUUAAGUCUCUUUGCUAUUAAAUUUUAUUUAUAAUCUUUCGUUAUGAAAAUAGAUGUUUUAUACUGAGUAUAA